AUGACGGCUGCGUCAAAUGUGCAAACCGAGAGGGUUAUACAAGAAGUACGACUUCGACCAUGUCUUUGGAAUCUCCGCGACAAUUCAUAUAAAAAUAAAGACGCGAAAUUAAAGGCAUGGAAAGAUGUUUGCGAAGCUGUUUGUCCGAAUUUCGGAGAUAGUUCAGGUGAAGAAAAAAAACAAAUCGAAAAAGCUGUUCAGUUAAGAUGGAAGACCGCCCGUGAUGCAUACAUGAAGUGUAGAGCAAAUCUUAAGACAUCGAAGUCCGGUUCUGCAGGGGGUGUCAAAAAGAAGUAUAUUUUUUUCGAUAUAAUGACGUUUUUGGAAGACACAAAGGACUUUGAACCCACACAUGAAAGUAUGGCUUUAAUCAUCGUCGCAGACCUCCCAAAAUGUUGCUUCAACGUCAUCGCAAAACUCGCAAAAAUACUGGAGCUAGCUAUGGAAAUUAGAGGUCCAGCUAUGAACUCGCCCAGCACAUCUGCAUCAACCGCUACCAACGAUUUACCUCACUUAUCAGGGAGUGAUGUGGACGAGUCUUUAGAAAGCUGGCAACACGGUGAUCACACUGCAUUGUAA